CACCACUGGUUUCUCUCUGGUUUUAAUUUACCUAGGCUCGAAUAAACCCAGUUUCUUGGGUCGAACAUGCACGGGUGAGCUUUGUGAUUGGCUAGUAGACGUCUUGUGAUGUCAUUAAUCGACCCCGGGUGGUUAAAACCUAUGCCACCCGAAUAUACCAUUAGUUUUGUGUAUCUUCGAUAAUCUUUGAUCAAUGAUAGUAUGUAUGCGUGAAGCCGUUUGGUCACGAAUAUAUUUUGAAAUAGAUAACACGUGAGAGCUUAACAGACAUAAAAGUAUUAAAACUUGGUAGAUUAUCGAUAGUUUAGGUGUUUAAAAUUCACAAGAAGAAAAAAAAGAAAAGUUUUCACGAUUUGAUUUUAUCUCAUAGCUAUAAUGAUAACAUAUUGCUUUGAUAAAAGUCUUCAUGAGAGACUCACAGAGUACACCGAUAUACUCACAAGCCCAGAAAAAAUAUUACCUGCAUCACAAGUUAUGUUGGAAUGGGUUUGCGACACGGAAAUUGUUAUAGAACCGGUUGGCUGGCAGGCUCUGUGGAAUGUGCCACUUUCUGUAUGUGCAGAAAACCAGGUUCAUUAUCCGUUGGUGGUUUUGGUAGAGGUGUUGCAAGUUGAUUGUUCCAUAUUAUCUGCCUUAGUGAAAGUUACAUGGGAUGAGUUGGACAGAUAUCUCACAUUUCCCACAGAAUGUAAAGCUAAAUUAAUUGAACUGUAUCCAACUAUUAAACAAACUAAUACCACGUUGGAUAUUGUUGGUACUGCGCAUUGUAUAGAUAAGUUACGGUUUUUUUAUACUUAUUUGUGGAUGCCAUGGGAUAAUGAGGAAGAUGAUAAUGUUGAUUGGGUGAGUCAACAUUUGGAAAGGAGGAUAAAAUUUGCCUAUGAUAUGAGACAAGGAUCUAUUGAUAAACAAACUUGUGAUCUGAUCAGAUCAUUAGUAAGAGAAGGAAGACAAAUCUGGGAUAAAAUCUCAAAUUUAGAAGGGCAACUAACCGAUGAUGAAGAUAAAACUCAGACAGCAGAUACAACAUUUGAAUUGAUGCAUCUUCACUUUCGGCUUCAGCAAAUUAAAUCAGAGAUGGAUGUAUUAGAAAAUCCCACAAUGAGAGAGAUGGUUUUAAAACAUCAAAGUUCAAUAGAUAAAGAUACAACAAACAAAAAUGAAAUUACAUGCUACUUUGUAUGGUUGAAUGGUACAUUAAAAGGACUUCAGGAAACUUGUGAUAAAGUUCAAGAAUUGUUACCUAAUGACCUAUCUAUUAAAAUUUAUGGAUGUUUAGAUGAAGCUUUGCAUACAUGUAAGACAGGUGAUAUGAUUAUACUAGGUGAAGGAAAGCACAAGAUUGAUGGUGCUGGUGGAUUAGAAACAGGUGGUACAAUUAGAGGAAUAUAUGAUGCUAGACACACUAUUCUUCAUCCAAAAGAUUUGAACAGUGCAUCAACUUUACUUGAUUUCUCUGAUAGUUCUACUGAGGUCUUAUUGAACAAUAUCUGUAUAAAUCUAGGAGAACUUCCAAUAGGUAUAAUUGUUAGAAGUGGAGUUGUAAGGAUAAAACAUUGCAUAAUAUCUAAUCUGUCUUCCAAAGAAAAGACUGUUCAAACGGGUAUAGUUGUUAUGCCAGAUGGAAGAUUGAUAAUGGAGGAUACACUUCUCGAGUUUUUAGGGACUGCCGUGCUUAUUUGUGCACAUGGCGAGGUUGUCAUGAAUAACUGUCAAAUCCGCUCAUGUUACGUGGGUGUACAGCUUAGUGAUCAUUCCAGUCUUACUGCAAACAAAUGCGUCUUUGAUGGUUGUCGGGAAUACACUAUACAAAUGGACACUGAGAAACAUGUAUCUGAUGAAACAAAAUAUCUUCACUAUAACGAGUUACCGAAUAACAUAUCAGAAAUUACAUUAAAUGAAUGUCAUUGUGUACAAUCAGAUUUCGAGGAUAUUGUUUUAAAACCAAAACGUAUUGUCUCUUUGGCAGAGUGGCUAGAUGUCGAUCCGAAGAUGUAAAAAAGUUCCACUACUUGUUAUAAAUUUUUCUAUUUGGUACUA